CUCAUACAAGUUACGCAUUUAAGGGAAAUAGAAAGUAAGUCUGAUCUGCACAUAUUACUGACGGCUACAUAGGAACUAUGGUGAACUGCUGUGGUCUACUUAGUGCCAAGAAGGAGCCAGUUCCUCUUAAGGGCAUUGGGGUGGAGGUGGAUGUCAAGGACCAUGUGGCCACUGUUACCUCCACUCUGCAGUAUGAGAAUAAAGAGGAGAGCCCAAUAGAGGCUGUCUUUGUUUUUCCUUUACCUGGAGAUGCUGCCAUCUGUCAUUUCAGUGCCAAGAUUGGACAAGCAGAGGUUGUGGCCAAGGUGCAGGAGAAACAGAAGGCCCGUGAAGAGUAUGAUGAUGCAUUGAGCUCUGGCCAGCAAGCAUUCCUACUGGAGGAGAGUGAGCAGAGUCCAGAUAUUUUCUCUCUGAGUGUAGGCAGUCUUCCUCCAGGAGAGAGUGCCUCCAUCAGGCUGCAAUAUGUCACUGAGCUGGCUGUGCAGGCCGAUGAGGGGCUGAGAUUCUGUCUGCCCGCGGUGCUCAACCCUCGCUACCAACCUCAGGGGAGUGAAGGUGGCAGUGUAAGUGGUGGCAGUGCUCAGGUAACCUCUGUGCCAGCUUGUCUUGUGUCCUACAGUCUAACCUUCUCUGCUCGAGUAUCCGCUCCACGGCCCAUUGCUAAAGUGGAGUCCAAUUGCUCCUUAGACCCAAUCCAGUACCUCAAUGCAGAACAAACCCAGGCCACGGUCAGCCUGGCUGCAGGACACAAGUUUGACAGAGAUGUAGAAAUAUUCGUUUACUACAAAGACUCCCAUCAGCCCGCAGCUACAGUUGAGGCAGGACAGUCCUCUGCCAAACCUGGUUCUCUGAUGGGUGACCCAGUGGUCAUGCUGAGCCUGUAUCCUGAGUUCCCCAAGGCUGCAAUGUCUUCACACAUCUCAUGUGGAGAAUUCAUAUUCUUAAUGGAUCGUUCUGGAAGUAUGGGAUGCGCCAUGGACAGCAGCCGCGGACAGGGUCAGACUCGCAUUGACAGUGCCAGGGAUACUUUGUUGCUCCUGUUGAAGAGUUUGCCUGUGGGCUGCUAUUUUAACAUCUAUGGUUUUGGUUCCAAUUAUAAUCAUAUCUUCCCUAAGAGUGUGGAGUAUAGCCAGAAAAGCAUUGAUGACGCUCUAAAGGAGGUUGAGAAAAUGGAUGCUGACAUGGGGGGAACAGAGAUCCUUCAGCCCCUCAAACAUAUCUUCAGUCAGCCAGGCCUUCCCAGUCAGCCAAGACAACUGUUUAUCUUUACUGAUGGUGAGGUGCAGAACACCAAAAACGUUUUAGAUCUGGUGAAGAGGAAUUCAGGUUCUCACAGGUGUUUCUCUUUUGGAAUUGGGGAAGGAGCCAGCUCUGCUCUCAUCACUGGGAUGGCAAAAGAAGGAGGAGGCCAUUCCCAGUUCAUCACAGGAACUGACAGAAUGCAGCCUAAAGUGAUGCAGUCACUUGGAUUUUCCCUACAGCCAGCCGUGGUGGAUAUCUCAGUGACAUGGGAUCUACCAAAAGGAGUCUCUGUGACUACUCUUUCUCCACCAAUCACGACACUUUUCCAGGGUCAAAGGUCACUGGUUUAUGCCCAGCUCACUGGAGAGAGUUCAGCAUCCACAGAGGGUUGUGUGACAGUGAAGUACAGCCUGGCAGGUCAGCCGUCUAUGAACCAGCUCCACUUCAGUCUUAAACCUACAGAGGAUACAGGACUGACACUUCACAGGUUGGGUGCGUGGACCUUGAUUCGCUCUCUGGAAAUGGAAGAGCGGGAACAUGGAGGACAGAACAAUGGAGGAGUGAAGGAGAAGAUAAUGGAAGUCAGCAUCCAGUCAGGAGUGAGCAGUGCCUUCACUGCCUUCAUCGCUGUCAGCAAAAGCAAUGGAGAGGCUGUACAAGGACCUCUGCUGCGCAGAAACAUCCCAGCACCAAGAAUGUACAGGAUGUUCUUCAGUCCCCCUCGUCCCCCCGGCGCCAUGUUGGGUUUGAAAUCCUCAAUGCAUUCCUUAGAAAAUGGUACGUGCAGUGAUAUCGGCAACCUGUACAUGAUGGGCAGUUGUGAUAUGAGAUCCAGAAAGUUUUCCUCCAGCUCUGACCAAUCACGUAAGCCCACCCAGCAACACAAAGACCCCAUGCUGCAGUUGAUUUCUCUUCAGAAGGCGUCUGGUUCCUGGAUCAUUGGGCCAACUCUGGCUACUGUACUGGGAAAGACCACCGAGGAGGUGACAAAUACAAAACCUGCUUCGAAGGUCGAUCAAGAAGUGUGGGCCACCUUUCUGGCUCUGAUUUGGCUCCAUGGCUUCAAGAUGGAGGCUGAGGUAGAGUGGAAGCUUCUGGUUAUGAAGGCUGUGUCAUGGCUCCAGGCUCAGAAAGCCCCAUGUCUGACUGAGUGUGUGGAAGCAGCUAAUGCCCUGCUGGGUUGCGAGGUGCAGAAAGAUGUCCUGGGACUCUGAGAGCUUCAUUGUGUUUGGCAUCUCAAUGCGUUACAAGUAGCAGGGUUUGUAAAUUGUGACAAACCGAAGCUUUACCCUCCUCCUCUGCAAGAUUUGCCAUCAACAUUGUCUGUUUCUUUUCUUCUUUCUUUUUUUUUGUUUUUACAAAGGCAUUUACAUCCAAUAGUGUCUUGGAAAAACCCUUGGGUUUAAACUAAUGCUUUUUGACCAAAUUUCUAUUAGCAUUGACCUUUGCAUCAUUAGGUGAAAUUGUACAUUUAUAUUUACACUGCACUGUUUAGGCUCGAUCCAUUCAGGAACAACAAUGUAACAUCGAAAAACCCGGAGCUAUAAUUUUUUACCUUUUGGAAUUGGUGGUUUCUGGAGUGAUUGUGGUUGUUGUUGUUGCUGGUGGUGGUAGGGUGAUAAAUAAAACUUGAACCUUGAAAAAUAAAAUCUGAUCUGCUAAAUUAAGAAGAACCGUCUAUAUAUGCAACUGUGGUGAUACACAUUUGAGGGUAGAUUCACCAGGGGCUGCUGCUCCUUUAAGGCAGACAUUUUAGAGUGCUGACGUAGGCACUGCUUGGGGUUUCCGGGAGACAUGUUUGCCGCUGCCUAGCGGUUAGCUGGUUGCCACGAGGGAUUGUGCUGUAUCGGUGUUGUUAUGUGUGGCGAGUAAACGGAAUUGACUCGA